AUGGACCUAAUAUUCAACUACUUAGAUCCGCUUAUCAUUGACAGUGUUUAUGACUCAGUUCGUGGCUCCUUGCAACUAGGGUUCUGUGCUACCUCACAUACUUCAAGUGUCUGUUCUGUCAUCGCAGAUUCUAAGCUAUGGUGUAGGGAAAGUAUCUAUAGGCAAAGCCUAAGCAUAUUCAUUGUAACAUGGAUUUCUAGCUCGGUGUUUUUUCUCCUGCUUGGGACCGUUUGCCACUAUCUAUAUUUUGACAAGGCAUUAAAAAAGCAUCCCAAAUAUCAUAAGAACCAAAUCAGACACGAGAUCUAUGAUUCCUUGCUCUCUCUUUUCGGCUUAAAUGUCCUUACCGUCCCAAUCUUCGUUGCUCAAGUUCGCGGAUACGCAAAGCUUUAUGAUUUUGGGUCUGGGGGAGUACCUUUCUGGUACGAGUUUGGGCAAUUUCUGCUCUUUGUCCUAUUCAGUGAUACUUGCAUGUAUUGGCUUCAUCGAACCUUCCACAUCAACUACCUGUUCAACCUGAUGCACAAGAAGCACCACCAGUACAUUAUCCCAACCCCGUUUUCGGCCUAUGCCUUCGAUCCUCUCGAGGCGUACAUCAUGAGCCUGCCCAUUUAUGCCUAUAGCUUUUUAUGGCCGAUGUCUCGGGAGGCACAGCUCAUUGUAUUCGUGACAACAAAUAUAUGGACGAUUUUACUGCACGACAAUCGUGAUCAAUUCCAUACUGUGCAUCACAAGAAUGUUAAGCUAAACUUUGGACAGUUUCUUACACUUUGGGAUCAUUUAGGGGGCACCUACGCAGACCCGGAGAGAUAUUUCGCAGGGAAACGGGAAGGAACAGUCAAAAGUUAG